AUGGAGUUUACCACCUGCUUAGGGCUGCAUUUUCAAGCAACCCGACUCUACGGAGAGGCCCUUUCCGACAAUCUCUCGUGUACCCUCGCGGGCGCCGCCACACGGGCCUGUCACCCUCCAUGGGUAGUGGCCGCUUUCAAGCAUAACUUAGGCGGUGAGAGACUGCGUGCCGGACCCUCCGAAACGCAACACCCCUGGCGCCGGGUCACGACGCCAGGUUAUGCGCUGGGCUUUUCCCAGUUCAGUCGCCCUUACUAA